AUGGAGACCGACAUUGAAACUGUGGGCGCUGAUAAAUCCGUUGAUUUCAACGCAAAACAUCAUGGAGAUGAUCCUGUGAAGCCCGUGAUAACUGAGGAUCUCUCCGAGGUCAUUGCGCCGCAUCCUUCAUACGAAGGCUUUCAUCGCUUUGACCCGAGGGCAACAUGGACUCCAAAGGAGGAGAGAGCGGUGGUAUGGAAAACAGACUUGUUCUUUCUCAGCUGGGUCUGUAUCAUGUUCCUUGGGCUGCAGCUAGAUCGAGGCAACCUCUCGAACGCUUUGACGGACAACCUUCUCGCAGAUCUGAAAAUGACUACGAACGACUAUAACAAUGGAACGACCAUUCAAUUAAUCUGCUUUUUGUCCGCCGAAUUUCCAGUUCAACUAAUCAUCAAGCGAUACGGAUUUCGUAUUGUGCUGCCGACUAUGAUGAUUGCCUGGAGUAUGGUAUCCUGGGCCCAAGCCUUCAUGACUAGCCGUGCUUCUUUCUAUGUCACUCGUGCGCUCAUUGGCGCUUUCGAGGGAGGUUUCAUCCCUGGAACGAUCCUGUUUGCCACUUAUUUCUACAAGGCGCAUGAACUGUCAGUACGAUUGGCUUUUUUCUGGUCCACACUGAAUGUUGCACGAGUCAUUUCUUCCCUCCUUGCCGCAGGUAUUCUCCAGAUGCGAGGUGUAAAUGGAAGGGCUGGCUGGUUUUAUCUAUUUCUGAUCGAGGGCCUCCUUACUCUCGGAAUAGGAAUUAUCAGUCUGCUUUACUUGCCACGCUCUCCGACGAAUACGAAAAGCAUUUUGUACCCGAAGUCAUGGUACACUGAGCGCCAGGAGGUAAUCAUGAUCAAUCGACUCCUCCGUGACGAUCCGUCCAAAGGUCUUACCGAGAUUAGCGAGCCCGCGACCCUCAAGGAUAUUCGCAAUGCAUUGAGCGACAGAUCGAUGUGGGGGCUUUAUUUCAUUGGCCUCGUAGCCUACAUCCCGCAAAGUCCAGUCCAGGGAUACCUCUCGCUCACCCUAAAAAGAAUAGGCUUUUCAACUUUCGACUCAAAUAUGCUAUCAAUCCCAUCUGCCGUAUUGCAGAUCAUUCUGAUGCUGUUGUUAGCCAAGAGCAGUGAGUGGUUCGACGAACGCACUUUCCAUUGUUUGAUCGGAGAAUUCUGGUCUCUACCUUUGCUGGCUGCGCUCUUAGCCUUGCCAGCGCAUGGUGACAACUGGGGCCGUUUUGCAAUCACUACGAUGAUAUCAGGAUAUCCUUAUUUCCACCCAAUCGUUGCUGCGUGGAUCUCGGAGAACACGUUUGAUGUGAAAAAGAGGGCUAUAACGACUGCUACGUAUAAUGUGAUUGUUCAGAUUGGAUCGCUCUUCAUUCGUGCUUUUUAUGUCGUCGUGGUAAGCGCCGGUGCGACAAGAACCUGCCUUCAUGCGAGCUCUGCACCCGGAAAGGAUGGAAAUGCACUUAUCCUCAACGACGUGGCCAGCGUUCCGCUUCCCCUCCACACAGUCCGUAUCGUGCAGAAUCUGCCAACGAUCGCUGCGCCUUCGGCAUCGUCUGUUACUGUGAAUAUUGCCAUCGGUUUCCUAGCACCCGAUCUCUUUCGGGAAGUUUCUCUAGAAAUUCCGCGCCCGAAUUUGGAAAUUCCCGAAGAUGUUAUACUGAGCCUAGGUGAUAGACAAGAACUGCGUGAGACGGCUCUCCAAUUCUUUCAGAUCACUUGGAUGCCUAUCAUCAGUCGGAAGAGCUAUUUCAACGCUGUACUUAAUCCGCUAUCUCCCCUACGACGCCCAACCAGCUUGCUAGCUCUUUGCAUAAAGCUGUGCUGCUUAGAGGUCCGUGAAAAUGGUGAUGAAGAGCGGACCUCUUUGUAUCGAUUGACUAAGAAAUUCUACUCGGAAGUGGAGAGUACAGAAGGCUUAUGUAUUCAAGUCCUGCAGGCAGGUAUAUUGAUUGCAAUUUUUGAGAUUGGCGAUGCCAUCUACCCUGGGGCAUAUUUGACAGUUGGCGCAUGUGCCCGUUAUGGUGUUGCUUUGGGUUUAGACAAAAUCAAUCGAGACAGAAUGGGCGGCGAUCAUAAUCGUGCGGUGUCAUGGAUGGAGAUCGAGGAGAAGCGUAGGGCUUGGUGGGGCGUCUUGAUCUUGGACCGGUCUGUCAUUACCCUCGUGAUGAAGAAUAAUUUUCUGCUUCCAUAUGACAGUUUAGUACUCGUCAGGGCUGAUAUUUUCUUCAUAUAUAGAUUCCUGAACUUGUCGAAUCCCUCUCGCAUCCUGGCGACGGCAGAUCCAACAUUUGAAGAUUUUCUUCCCGUGGAUGAUGAACGAUUCGCCGACGCGACGUCGCAACCAGAGGACGCUGUCACCAUUUCCCAAGGCUAUGUUUUCAAAAUCGGACACUUCGGCAGGCUAGCUCAAGCAACAUACCUUAUCAGUCAAAUUCUCGACAAUAUCAGAUCUCUCUCUGUCAUUCCUGACUAUCUCAAUGGAGGUAGCUUACCAGCAGAUAUAGUACAGCUUUGUCGCACCAUCGAAGCUUUGGUGCGUGCAAAUGAGAUGGAAAUUACAGCUCGGAGGUUAUCCUUCUGCUGUCAAAGCCUAGUCUCUUACAGUGGCUUAUUCCUCCUUCAACAACAUAUUUGGGAGCAGCUGGGUGUGAAAUCUGCGCAGGAGGUGCAGACACAUAUGUUUGACGAGACACGGAGUGCCAUCGAUACGCUUUGCCGAAUUUCACUAGCACUUCAACAAGGAUCUAAUAUGGUAGACCUACUGCAGGGCCAAUGUACCUUCUUUCUUGCUGGUGUCGUUUACCAAGGCCUUUUGGUGCUUAUGAAAAUUGGACAAGGCAACCCCUCGGCAGAGAUUAUCAGCGCUAAAGCCACCUUGACUUGGUUACUCGAGCAUAUACGAAGCCGUUGGCCACUCGCUUGUAUCUACCAAACUAUUUUGGACGCAAAAGAGGCCUUGUUGGCUGUGGAUGCGAUAUAA